GAGAAACUGUUUCCUAUCUUCCUGCCAGAGCACAAAAUGCUCCCCAAAGUGCUGGCCCUGGUGACCCUGGGCAUCCUACACCUGCCCUGGAGCAGCACUCAGGGCUGCUUGAGCAAGCAGCAAGUGGCCAACACCAUCAGGCAGAUGCAGAAGCUGCUGUCCUCCCACGAGGCUGCCCAGCUGCAGAACAUGCGCAACCUUAAGAAGCAAUUGACCAUUCUUCAGGGCAACAUCCAGAAGCAAGUGGCCAAGCGCAAUGAAAGCUGUACUCUACUGCCAGCACCCCUAAAUGGCAGGCGGCUGGGCAAGAAAACAUUUGUGGGUCAUGAUGCGCACUUCCUGUGUGACUCUGGCUUCCUCCUGGUGGGAUCUGAGACACGGACAUGCCUGGAUAAUGGCACAUGGAGUGGACAACAACCUUUAUGCAAAAGCAUCAAUGACUGCACCAGCAACCCCUGUGCCAAUGGUGGAACCUGUGUGGGGAGCACACACCGCUACAGCUGCUUGUGUCCCAGUGCUUGGUCAGGUGCCACCUGCCAAACUCCAGUUUAUUCCUAUUGGGUAACACUGAGUAACUCAUCCUUCAGCCGUCAGCCCCGUUGUGCUGAUAAUGCUCUGGGCUCACGCCAGUGCAGCUGUGACACAGGCUUCCAAAUGCAAGCAGGGGGCAUUUGCCAAGAUGUGGAUGAGUGUCAGCUCUUCCAGUCCAGACGCCCCACCCGUAUCUGCCUCCAUGAAUGUGUGAACUUGCCCGGCUCUUACCGAUGCACUUGCCCUGCGGGCUACCGGCUCCAGGCUGACAAGAGCACCUGUGUUGAUGUGGAUGAAUGCACGGAGAACCAACACAACUGCAGCCGGGGACAGAUGUGCAUCAAUGUUUACGGAGGUUUCCAGUGCGUGCGGCCCGAGUGCCCCAAGCCCCAACUCAACACCAGCUAUGUCAAAACUUCUGUUGCGCAGUGUGAGCGAAGCCCUUGCCCCAUGGACAGCAAAGCCUGCCAGAGAGCCGCCAACUCCAUCUCGUUCCACUACUUGCCUCUUCAGUCCAACCGCACGGUGCCCAGGGUCCUCUUCAAGAUGUCUACCAGCCGCUUUGUCGGAGACAGCCUGCGCUUUGCCAUCUUGGGGGGCAACAGCCAAGGGAUGUUGGCCGUGCAGCGUGCGGACCGCCAGACCGGGGAGCUGGUGCUCACCAGACCAGCCGUGGGACCAACUAUGUUGGAGGCAGAGCUGGAAAUGAGCGAAUUUGCCCGAAAGAUCUCCCUGGGGAAACACAUCUUCAAGGUCACAGUCUUUGUUUCACAGUAUGAAUUCUGAGCCCCAGCCCUGCAGAAUACUGCAGGGACUGGGGGGAAAACCCCAACACAUUGACAGCAGAAUUGGCAGAACUCCCAAGAAUGUGGCUCUAGGCCAGAGAGCCCCAAGACCCUACCGAAAGAGAGGUUGAGUCAUUCUUUGCAAAAUGAAGAAACCCAUGUUGGUUGACCCACAUCUCAAUGUCUUUUGCAGUGGGAAAGCCAUGCAGUACCAAUCCUUCCUUCCCCAGUGGAUGCCCACCAUCUUAAGGGAAGGACACACAGAUGUAGCAGCUGGCAUUACAGCUAGCAACCCCGGAAGCACUGCUCUUGCCUAAAAAGUUUGCUCCAACCUCUGAACCUUGGCAGACCAGAAAAGAGGGUGGACUGCAGGAAGCAGUAUUAACAGGCUUCCUUACAGUUUUGAGGACGACGCCUGCCAAUAGUUCAGGGAGCUGAUGAAGAAAAACACCUGUAUUCCUUUUUAACAGAGUAAAGCACGCCUCCAGUUUAAAUCUUGAGCUAAGAGGAAAAGCGGGGGUAGAAAUAUUUUAUUAUAAUAAAUAAAUCAAACAGC